AUGACCUCACAAACUACCAAACCCGACGUCGAUGACAAGAAAAAAUCGGCGCCAAAGAAGAUCACCGCGAGUGGAAUUGCCGAAAAGGCAUUUGUAGCCGGAUCCAACGUCGUAGGAGCCAAAGAGAUGGCUGAGACUGGCUAUACUAAUGUCGUGAAGAUAGUGGGAGGCCAAGACAGUCCAAUAUUAAGCAACAUGAUCCAUCUGGCAGAUAAGCUGGUGGAUGUGGGCAAGAUUGUGCCAUUUAUUGCCCCUGCGUUUAUGAUUCUCAAGAUCAUUAUCGACAUUGAGCAAAAAGCCCGUGAGGUGGACGAGAAAUGCUCGGAUCUAAUGGAGCGUAUCAACUUCUUGGUCAGUCAUCUUGUUGUGCUAGAGCGAAUCCACAACGUCGAGGCCAUGAUGGACACUCUUACCACAGUUCUCCAAAAGGUUCAAGAUACGCUCAAGGAGGCUGCAGCUCUGAUCGAGGCCUAUCGGAAGCAGAGCAAACUCGCCCGGCGCCUCAGGAUGUCCAACAUGCAAACCUUUGAGCAAAUGGCCGGAAAAAUCACCACCUGCUCCUCAGACCUAAUGAUGAGUUUGCAGAUCCAACAAACCGGAGAUUUGUCCAUCCUGAAGAGAGUGGUACCAAGGGACAGAAUUGCCGAAAACUUCAUCAGAGAAAACGGUGGCCAGGAUAUGAUCAAUAAUGAUCCUGAGCUGGUCAAAAAGUUUGCGGAAAAGGUGAACUUGACCAUGUCGGACCAAGUCAUGGAGCAGAUGCAGUCCAACAUGCAGGAUAUGAUCACACGGAACCAAAGCCGGAUUGAAGCCAUUGUCCACGAAUCCUCCAGCAUCAAUGUCGCCGACAUGAUCAAGGCUAUCGCCACCCACCAGCGCGAAUUGGAGGCCGAGCUCAAGUUGACAUGCGUUCAGUGCGAAAAGGAAUACAAUGUCUCGACAAACGGCCCUGAGUCCUGUCAGUACCAUUCUGCGGUCGGGAACUACAACCGGUACCACUGUUGUCAAAAGACCUCUCCUUGCCAAAAGGGUUAUCAUCAGCCAGAGCACCACUCGAGAUACCCCUAUAGCAACUUCUUCCUCUGGUCCUAUGGAAUACUCGCUCCCAAGGAUACGGUUGCUUACUGGGUUCAGAUCAAGGAGAUUGACUUAGACAAAGACAAUGACACUACCGGUCAGGUCGUCAGAGUCGGACAGUUGAUCCGGUGGCGGAGCUGGGGAGAGCUGGUCACUACACCUUUGAUGCUCGUGAACGUUGGACACGUCAAAGAUGACAUGCCGCACUAUCUCGAGGUCUUCGACGUUGCUUCACUGGAGGAUACGAGGAAGAGGAUCCUGAGGACCGGCCAAACCUGCAUCUUCAGGAACGCACCCGAGACCGAGACGACCGCCUUUUCAAUGGGGGAAUGGGUUAUGGACGAAGAAACCCAACAAAUUGCCGGAAUCAAGUUGACAGUUAGAGUCGCAAGCAGCAAAACGUCAACAGUGUGCAUUAUACCACUCGACCCUCUCUUGCUCAAAAUGCCAGAUGACGCAUCCGUCAAGUAUCUCUCCCGGUGCAGCGGUGCAGGGUACAAACCCGAUCGGCCGUAUGAUUUUCCAAAGACGAUCCAGCUUGGUCCUGUCAUCCCCGCGAGCCGGCUUAGAGAACCCAGAUCAUUCAGGACCAGGAUUUCAUCGCCCAAUAUCCCUCUUCUCCUGACCCCUGCCUGGGAAAUGGUUGCGAAUAACGACGUCAAACUUGCCAACAAUCGGGAAGAUCGGUUUCGUGGGACUUGGAGAGCACUCAAUCGCUCGCCUCUCUCAAGCCAGAAGCAAAUCAUCCUUCUCUCCGCCAAGUUCGAGUACCGCCUUGUGGGUGAGCCAGUGUACAAGCCCGUCAAAUCCUUUGCACUUCGCAAUGGUGUGAACCUGCCUAUUACCAUCGCACCUUCACAAGCCAUUGACAUCCCUUGGGAGUUCCUAGUUGAUAAACCAGAGCAUUGUCAGGGUGACUCUCUCCUGGCGAUCAACUAUGCGCAUCUGACGAUCCACCAACCGCUCCGUCUCCGGGUCACAUUUACGGACAUCGAAGGCGAAGAAGUGUCGCUCAUCCAAGAGUAUGUCCAUGGUGUGAUGGGAGCCACUCUUCCGGCUCCGGAGGACCUGGGCUUCUUUUUUGUCGACAAGAUCUAUCAAUGUGAGCGGACUUCUGUCAAGAUCUCGGAGUCGCCUUAUCCAGAUCGAUAUUUAUUGGCAAUUACCGCUGGUCUCAUGCCGACAAACAAGAUCACUGAAGUUGACCUUCGCAGGAUCGUCGCAAAGGCUGAGAAGACCGGUAUCACCGAAGUCGAUAUGAAGCUGGGCGUCAGGAAUCUGGGCAUCGACUGGACCAUAUGGGCUUUGGUGGAUCUGUCCUGCAGACGUGUCUACGGAUUCAAGGUGCUUCUGUACCAUGGAUCCAUGACAAAGGAUAGAAUCUCAGCGUCGAUGGGAUAUGCACCUUGUCCAAUAUAUGGUGGUGACGAUCUAGAGUCUCGACCUAUUCAGUAUGCGGAGGAGUCCAAGAUCGUGCCCAAUGUUGCCCACUGGGACGAUGUUGUUGUUAUCGAGGACGACGACGUAGAUAACGAGGUGGUGAUCCCCAUCAGCGCGUCGUCGCCGCUACCUGUUGCGUCUGUGACGCCAAUCCCAGCACCAGUCUCAGUACCUGUCCCCGAACCCUUUUCGUUGGAGUCUCUUUUGCCUAAACCCGUCACUACAGAAACAGACGAUCCAGAGCCAGAAUCGCCCCAACCACCUCUUAUCGGGCGAGAUGGUUCCACCGACACUAUUCCUUCUGCGGCCCCGAGGAUGGUCACCUCAGCAGAGACACCAUUGGUGGUGAAAGUCAUUGACAAACGCACCACUGUCCGGACAGAGAGGGUAGAGAUCCCUCUCCUCUCACUUCUUCCACCUGUCAAGCUUCCACCGCCUCCCCCAAUGCCGACCUUCCAUUUAGACCCCGUGAUUUCCGCAACUCCCGCUAUUCUUUCCACUCCUGUUCAAGCUACUCCUGUUCAAGCUACUCCUGUUCAAGCUACUCUUACUCCUACUCCGUCCACCGCUUCUUCGCCUGCUCACUCUACUUCUUCAGUAAUUCCAGCUACUCCCGUUCCUACGCUCUCUAUGGAGAUGCUCUUGGCGAAGGUUACGGCCUUGGAAGCACGAUUAGAAGCCUCCGAGCGCCGCGACGCUCUCCUCACCAAGAUACUUGAGCUUGAAAAGAAACUGGAAGGGGCUACCGCCAUUGUGUCUCCUCGCGUAGACCCUGCAGCCGCUUCCACUCUGUCGACUGGUCCAUUUCAGUCUGAAAGAGUCUCCGCUCUCGAGACCCACAUAGUCUCCAUCGAUCAAAAACUGGACAGAUUAGCAGGCUCACUGGACAAGAUUGUAACCCUGUUGUCGAGUUGA